AUGCGUGAGCUCUUGCGAAUUUAUAGAAUAACAUUUCCUUUGUGCUUAAAAUAUGAGUGUUUAGGUCAAGUUAAUCACUCUUUUACCACGGAUCUUCUAAAUCAGAUAUUAUUUGCUGAGCAGUCGUUCCGUAGUGAGCUAUCCGCCCUCGUUACUCGCCUACGUGCUGAGAGAUCUGGAUGGGCACCAGCAACAACUGAAAUGUCUCAAGUUGACAAACAGCCACCGAUGUUGUUCUUUUUAACCGUUAGUGCUUCGUACUUCCCAACAGUGAUGGGACAGGGAGUACCUUGGUUGCAGCUAACCGCGGCUACUCCAACUGCAACAGCUGUUCGUUUCACAAUUGAGAGCCUAGAUGCGGAACUCACUAAUCGCUGGGUAAUGAAGGAGCAUGGUUCCGCAAAAGAACGUCUUUUUGGUGCUGCGGCGAUUCAAUUCAACGCAAAACUGGGUCAACUUGUGAAAGUCGCAGAAUACGAGGAGCUGCAGGCUGAACUACAAGAGUUCGCCACAUUUAUGACUCAGGUCCGCGUGGAGAAUAAAGAAAGCUCAUCGCAUCAGUCGUAUUCCUAUCAUAUAGCCUUGAAUCGUCCAAUACUUCUAAUCAAAUCUAGUGCUGUUGAUAAGGCAAUUCUUUUAUGGUUGAACUACAAGAACACUUAUGAUUAUUGGAGAGCCGAGCGUAGUCGUGUAGUUCGGGCCGCCAACAAACGAAGCAACAGUUGUUUGCAAAAACUACACCUUUGCCUUGCUACGAACAUGAUCAGUUUGAUCAUGGCGCCAGUUUGCUAUGUUUUUUUACUUGCGGGUGUUUUGGCUAAAGUACGGUGUUUGAAAAGUGAUGUGACUGUGUGCAUUGUGAAGGAGUUGGCUUGUCAGGCAUCUUUUCAUGGAUUUAAGUUAAACUUCGUAGAUAAUUUUGACGAGCUUUCGCUAUCAGAGAGUGUAAAAGAGGCAACUGGAGAGACGCAGACGAACUAUUUGUUCUUUCCACAAGGAACGUAUCAGUUGUGCUCACAGGCUUCUGGUGAUGCGGCUGAUGCAAAAUGGGUGCUAAGUGUUCGCUCACAAAUGCGUGGCAUGAUCAUUGACUUGGACCAAAGAAUCGGUAUGUUUCUAGUGUUAAUAUUUCGUCUUUAUCUAUUAGAACGUGUGCGACGAUGCUGGUUUGCCAUUAUUGUCGAGAAUUUUUCAAUAACUAGCAUGCAUGAACAGUCGACUUUGGUAUCGAAUUUGAUCGCCUGCAAAGCAUCAGAAAAGCGAGUUGAAGCCGAAAGAAGUAAGCUUCGUCAAUACGAGCUGAUUCGCUUCAAGGAAUUUCGUCGUAGUAUGAUAGACAAAAUUCGACGGCGCACGGCAAAGAGAGGAGACAAAACACCUAAAGUGACUUCCCAAAGACCUUCUAUGUUCACACUUGACAAUAUAAGCAUAGAAUCGGGACAUUGCACGUUACGUACGGCAAAACAAGAGUCAUUAGUUAUGGUGCCUGUUAUUGUGAAAAAACCAUCAUCGAAGGAUUUAAGAGCCAAGGCUUUUGCUUCUUCGUAUCCGGCCAACUUGACGAGAUUCAGUAUUCCGAGGUGUAGUUUGACUAUUUUUUCUAUCCUACUAAAUUUGCUUUUUCGAGCGUCAUCUUUGCUAAACAUAGACCAAUAUGCAAAGUACUACCAAAUGAAAAGACACCUAACCUUACUCAUAAGUAUUGAAAGGCACUUUCGAGUGAAUUUACAUUUGUUUUCUCUCAAGAGCAACCGGAAACGUGGAUGCUUUUAUCUCUCCACCGCGUUGGCUUCAAUGCCUACGGAAACUGUUGUUACACCUCAUUUAGCAGACUACUUAGAACAGGUUCUUGAGCCGUUACCAAUAUCGUCAGGUGCGACAGUAACAUCAGCACCAUCCGUGAAUGAAACGCAGGAAGGCAUGUCACAUAUUGUUGGAAUGGACACAAGCGUAUUGCCUAUGGAUGUUUUGUUUUUCCUUACUGUUCAGAGCAGUACUAUUCGUUUUGACGGUCAGCAACAACGAUGUUCGGCUGCUGAUUGUCUGCUAAAACUGCCUUGUUUGUCACUAAUGGUAUCAACUCGGCGAUCCGUAGGAGAUACGUACGUGGGUGGUGUUGAUUUUUCUGCAACAUUGAGUGCAUUCUCACUAAGUAUCUACAGUCCACAUCAGCAGUCAACGGCUCAUGACGCUCUGUCUCUUACCCUUGACCAUCUGUCGUUUGUAAUUUCUCGUAGUAAAAACUCAUCGACAGAAACGGAUAAUCGAGUAAAGUUCGUUCUUACGUCAAACAUUGGCGUAGCAAACUUCAAUUAUGACAUGCGACGCCUUAGUGAACUGAUGGCGUUUCCCAAGCCAUGGUAUCGGGCAGCAAUCGCACGUCGUGUAUUCUUCGGCGAUCAGACCGUGUCUCGCGAACCAACUAGUCAACCUGCCGCGGCAAGAUCCGACAAGCCGUGGUCGGCUACUGUGUUGCUUGCAGUGCAGUGGAAAGAGCUAAAUGUGAACGCUCAAAUGUCAAAUACAAUGGGGAAUACGUCGUGGAGAGCACGACGUGGUCUCUUGCGUGCUAUUGCUAAGCUGAACUCCUUUUCUGAACGAAAUGUGACUCUCACAUUUAAAUUGGAUUCAAGUGAGUUGACAGCUCAUGGAGGCGCGAUAAGUGGUGAAAUUGCGCUCAGUCGACUUCUUCUUUCCGCAUCGCACAUUCGAGUACAACUUCCUCGAAACGGACUGAAAAUGCAGCUGCGUUGGUUGGCUGCCCGUAUAGAGUGGAUGAGCCGCGCAGUGCUUAUCGGACAAUGUGAACGUCCGGCAGUUUCUCUUGGCGACGAAUUUUCUGGAGAAAAAAGUGAAGACGCAUGUGUGCGCCUCAUUGUGAAGGGAUCAUGGGAAGACUUGCAAUUAGUGAUCACUCGAUGUACAGUAGACGAUAUACUGAAAAUUGUCAGUAAACUGAAGACAUUCUUCGAGGAGCAACUAAAGAGUUCAAAGAUGGUGUGGGGUAUACAUGAUGAGGGCUCAGCUAACAACACGCAGGAGAAGACACGCUCGGAUGAGAUACCUAUGCCUGCUACACAGUUUUGGCAAAAGGUAUUAGAUACCGUUACUGAGAUACAGUACAAGCAGAAAAUCCUCCCUAUACCGAAGCAUGGUGAUACCAUAGUCGGUGGUUUCGUCGGUUUGGAAGCAGGACGUGUAUCCCUUGCUUGCAUGCAUGGAGAAAUGAAUGCACAUAGCUGGGCGGUUUUUCACAUGCGACAUCCUGGCAUCAUCUUCACACCAGAGGCGAAAUUCUCAUACAUUGACAAAGAUUGCGACAUAAUAGGAGUUGCUCUUCGGCAGAAGCUGAUCAUCCGUCUAGGUCCACAGGACGCUACGAGAACCGCUGAGAAUAUGGCUACGGUUUGUCGCGUACAGGUUUGUUGUCCCCAAUUUGCUUUUGCAUUAAAGAUAUCACGUUCCACUUGCUCAGUUAGCAUUUCAAACGUUUCCGUUAAGGCUGCUGAAACGACAUCUAGAGGACAUCACAACGUGUUGGAAUUAUUUCAAUUUCCUGCACUAGAAGCGAUUUUGAUUUCGGAACAGAUCAAUGAAUAUUGUGUUGUGAGAAACGAUAAAUCAUGUUAUCCUGAAUUGUACUUCAGCUUUCUUCCCGAACUACUCAAAAUACCUUUUUUGGCGGAAAUUGCUGUUUUCUGCUCGCAUGACUCAGCGCUUCCUGCGAAUAAACCUGUGAAGAAGACGGACCGUCGACGGUAUAUAUGCGACAAAUGGGCGGUAGAUCCAAAGAUCAGAUUUAUCGAUCGUUUUCGCUGGAAUCCUCCCGUCAUUGAUGACAUUCUGAGAAAAUUGCAGAUCUUCGAUCAUCGUACGACCAUACCAAAGGCGUUGCAACGUGCACUUCUUGAUCCUCUGGAUCAAGGCUUAGCGAUGGUGUUGUUUGAGUUACUCCGCCUUGUUGAUCGGAGAAAGCAAGAAGACUAUAAGUCUAGAUCACCUGUUACAAAAGACCGCUCUGUCUCACUUUCAUCGAUUUAA